AUGAGUGUUGCAAUUGUCAUCCACUCCACAUCCUGCUUGUAUGUUUUUCUGCAGGGAAUCUCCAUCAUCGCUCUCACUACUAGUAGCGCGAGAUUGUGGACAGGCUGGAAACAAUCACAGAUACCUGGAGGCGAAGAGUGCUCUCGUAUGUCUGUUGACUAUAGUGCGCAUGAUUUUCAUGAAUCACGUGCGGCAAUAGAUGCUGCUUCACGUAACAAUGUACGUGUUCGACGUCAUGGCGAUACCACUGUCGUUACUGAAUAUCGUGAUCCCUACUCCUUCUAUUGGCAAUUAGAUCAAGCAAGACCUCGAGAGGAAGAAACACUCAAACCACCACCACAGACUGAUUACGUCAUCGAUGAAGAGAUCAUAAAUGAUUCAGUUUUGUCUCCGGACAGUCAUGAUAGCGGAAUAAACGUCGAAGUACAAUAUAGUAGACCAGUUCGACCCGAUGAUGCAUCUUCCGCGAAUCUUCCAUUUGGUUGGGAAAGGCAUGAAGAUCCAUCGGGUUUUUCGUAUUAUUGGCAUGUGGAUAGUGGCACAAUACAGAGAGAACCUCCGCAUAAGGAAUUACCAACUGCAACAGUACCCAUGCAACUUGAACUUCGUGACCAAGAAACUCAGGCAGAUGUGUUGCCGGUACCGCCACCAGUUCAGCAAAUUGUACACAUAACACCACAGCAACCGAUUAUCGAAGAACGUGCAUUCAAGCAGACUACCACAAAACGAUCUGUCGAUAACGAUUUCAGUGAUAAUGAUGAUGAUAUUGCAAGCAAACCGGUUCGAUUUGCAGUCCGCUGUUUGGGCUGGACUGAAAUUCCGGAGGAAGAUUUAACUCCAGAGAAAAGUUCACGAGCCGUUAACAGAGCUAUUGUAGAUCUGAGUACCGGGCGAAACGAUAUUCUGGAUAAUGUUUCCAAGUGGGGAGAUGGUCGAGAACUUAUCAUGGAGUUAGAUAAAAGUGAUUUGAAGUUAGUUGAUCCUGAUACGAUGUCUGUGGUGCAUACUGAACGAAUACAUGAUAUUCGAGUUUGGGGAGUUGGUCGUGAUAAUGGCCGAGAUUUUGCAUACGUUGCACGAGACCGGAGUUCGCGUCGUUUUAUGUGUCAUGUGUUUCGUUGCGACACACCGGCACGAACAAUUGCAAAUACAUUACGAGAUAUCUGCAAACGACUGAUGCUUGAACGACGACCAAAUAGUCUGGGUUCUUUGAAUUAUGGUGAAAGGAGACUUAUUGCCAGAGAUACAUAUUUACCAACUCCAAUCGAGGAGCCAAAAAAGAUCAUUCGAUGUCAUUUCCUGGGUGUUACACAGGUGCCUCGGGCAACAGGUAUUGAAAUUCUCAACGAAGCAGUCGAUCGACUUGUAUCACAGGUUCGAUCAGAUAGGUGGAUAUUAGCGAAUGUUUCCAUAGCUCCAUCAACAAUAAUAAUAAGUGAAGUGAACGGUAAUCAAAUUGCUCAGUGUAGAGUGCGGUAUUUAUCAUUUCUGGGAAUUGGACGAGAUAUCAAACAUUGUGCAUUUAUAAUGAGCACAUCGUCGGAAAAUUUCAUGUGCUAUGUGUUUCAUGUGGAACCAUCGGCAGGUCCAAUGGCUAAAACUAUUGAAGCUGCUUGCAAAUUACGAUAUCAGAAAGUUCUCGAUGCUCAUGCCGGUGGACGAGUACCAGCGAAUGGGAAGGGUUGGAGCGAUUCACUAUGGAGUGCUAUAGGUAGCGUACGCGAUCGUUUUUCAACAUCCUCGCGUUGA